AUGAAGAGGGCAGCGAGCAUCACGUCGAAGGAGGCAAAGAAGCCCAAGUCGACCAUCACGGCGUUCUUCUCGUCGUCAGGUACAGCUUCAGCUUCAGCGUCCAAGGCCGCAGCCUUCGACAAGGCCAAAUGGGCGAGCAGCCUGACAGCCGAGCAGCGGGAGCUGCUGAAGCUCGAGAUAGACACGCUGGACGAGAGCUGGCUUGCCCAUCUCACGGACGAGCUGCUCUCCCGCGAGUUCCUGGCCCUGAAGCGGUUCCUGCGUGACGAGAAGAAGUCCGGAGCCAACAUCUUCCCCCCGGAGCAGGACAUCUACUCAUGGUCGAGGUACACGCCGCUACACACGGUCAAGGCUGUCAUCGUUGGCCAGGACCCGUACCACAACCACGGCCAGGCUCACGGCCUCUGCUUUUCCGUACGCCCGCCUACGCCAGCUCCCCCUUCGCUCAAGAACAUCUAUAUUGCACUGAAGAAUGACUACCCGGCCUUCGAGGCACCUGCCAACCGUGGGGGGCUGCUCACGCCCUGGGCCCAGCAGGGAGUGCUCUUGCUCAACACCUGUCUCACCGUCAGGGCUCACAACGCAAACUCCCACUCGCAGCGCGGAUGGGAGCGUUUCACCCAGCGGGCCAUUGACCUUGUAGCCCGUGUACGCACAAAGGGUGUUGUGUUCUUGGCCUGGGGCAGCCCGGCGGCCAAGAGGGUGUCUGCAGUAAACAAGGAGAGACACUGCGUCCUGCAGUCGGUCCAUCCAAGUCCCCUCAGUGCUCACAAGGGAUUCUUGACCUGUGGGCAUUUCAGAAAGGCCAAUGACUGGCUGCAGACUAGAUACGGGGACGACGGUAUCAUUGACUGGAGUCUCACCUCGACGCCACUCUUCACUGCUGUCACUGAUACCAUUACCACUACAGAGACAGCCACGGAGGACGAGAAGACAAACACAGUAUCAAAGGCAGUUGAAGAAAAGUCAGACACUGUGUCGAAGACAGUUAGUGUCACUGACACCAUUACGGAUGUAGCUACAACCACAGCUACAACCACAGCUACAACCACAGAUACAGUUACAGAGACAGCUACAGAGACGGCUACAGAGACAGCUACUACAACUACAUCUACAUCUACCACCAAGGUAGAUGACGAGGACAGCGACUAUGGACAGGACCUCAUCGAGGAUGAGACCAAGUAG